CAUUUAUGUAUCGAUUACAUUUCUGUGUUGUUAAAGAAGAAACAUAUAUUCUUCUUCGAUAACCGAUUGCAACACGGCGCGCAUUUAGUGUCAAAAAGUUCUUGGAAGUGCAAGUGCGUAGUGAGCAAAGUGAAUUGUGAAGUGAAUUGAAAAUGGAAAGUCAUAUGGAAACAGACAUUGUGAAGAGAAAAUGGACAUGGUAUGUGUUUUCCCUUUUCUGCAGGAAUCUGGAGUGACCUUGUCUUUACUAAAAGAUAUUACAGACGAAGAAUUAAAAGAGGUGAUUCCCAAAUUAGGAGUUCGGAUGGAAUUUAAAAGAGCACUUUGCUCAUGGAAUCAAAGAAAUAACUGUGAGAAACCUUCUAUAAGCAACGACCAUAAGGAAGACCAUGAAAAAAACUUCGUUCUAAACAAGAGCAUUCGUUCAUUAUUAUCAAAGAAUGAACACGGAAAAGCAUUACUAAAUAAGAACACUUUGCUGGAAGUCGACAGAAUUUGGCUAAUAAACACUAUAGUGGAGGAAGCCAUCAACAAUUAUUUUAUGUAUUAUUAAUUUCAAAUAAAAUUGUUUUUCCUCAUAUAAAAGACGCGUUGAUGUUGAAUUUAACAAUAAACAUUUUAAAAUAGGAACGAUUCGUUCUUAAACUAAAACUGUUUGCUCUGAAAUUUGAAUAUCUAGUUCACAAAAUAGGAACUUUUCUUACUCAAAGUAGACG